AUGUUGAAAUCAACAAAGCCAACAAUAGUAUCUAUUAUUUUCUAUGAAGCUUUGUUUUUAUUUUCUGGUUUUUUUCAAACUCUCGGCCAACAAUUUUUAUAUUAUCAAGGUGCUGCAACCGGACUAAGCCUGCUUACUAAUACAGCAAUGUAUAUGGGCAUGGCGGCAGUUGGGUUCUUUUUAUUGCCAAAGUGGUUAAGGAGAAGAAAAUCUAUUAAUGAUAGAAUUGGAGAAUUGGAAGUUAACAUGGCAACGGCAACAGGAAAAAACUACCAAUUAUUACCAGAAGAAGCCGAGGAAGAUAAUUACACGGAUAUAGACGGUUCCAUUUUGACACAAAAUGAUAAUGAUGUGAAAUCAGCACCAAAAGAGGUCGUUAAUUAUAAAAUGAUUAUUGCUGCCUCUUUCUUGGAUGUCAUUGCCAAUUUCGCUUUAACGAUUGGAUUUUUCUACGUAGGAAGUGGGAUGUACCAAGUAAUAUACAGUUCAGUUGUUAUCUGGUGUGCUAUUCUUUCCUUUUUUUUUCUCGGACGAAAAAUUUCUUUAUUGCAAUCAGCAUCCAUUGUGGGCGUAUCUAUUGGACUUGCACUUAGCGCAUUAGGAAUAAAUCAAAGUACAUCAGAUCCAUCAUCAGAUCACGUAUCAUCCAUGAUGUUUGGGAUGAUUUUAACAUCAUUUUCGACAUUUGGAUAUGCAUGCGUUUACGUAGUAUCAGAUCAAAUUCUAACUGCUCAUACACCGGACUCGCGUCCGCCAUCACCAGAAAAAAUAUACGUUUAUAGAUACGCGUCAAUAAAAUUCGUGUUUGCAGAAAUGUCAACUAGACGUUCCCAAAAUUCUUUAGAAGGCAAUACAAGUUUGUCAUUUAGUGAGCAAAGAGAAUAUGAUAGUUUGUAUCGAGACAGUGAUGAAUUAUCACAAUUUAUUUUAAAAGGUAUAAACUAUGCAGCAGACUCUGCAGUUGACCUUGAGCAAGCGGACGAAGAAGAAGAGGUGCAACAAUUGGAUGAAACUGUACGAAAUAUGAUUGAUAUUGAAAAUAAACUCGCUUUGCAAAAAGAUGUAUUGGAAAGAAUUCAAGUUAGAGUAAAUGCAGGACGCAAAUUUGAUGAUGUUGUAAUUAUUUAUGAACAAGAAUGUGAAAAGGCGUUUAGAGAUUAUUCACAUAGUUCAGAGGAAGAUAAAUAUUUCAAGAACGAAAAUUAUAAUGAUUUUCGACAAAAAAUUUGGGAAGUUAAACAUGAAAAUGAACCAAUGCCACCAAUGAAUCAAAAUGAAGAUGAUGACCUUGUGGUUGGACCUCAAAAAGAAUCUUUACAUUGUCCAAUCACGACUUUAUUGUUGGACAAUCCGGUAACAAGUGAAUUGUGCAAGCAUACGUUCUCUAAAGAUGCUAUUAUGCAGUUAAUGAGCCGUAACGGCAACGUUAUAUCAUGUCCAAUUCCGGGCUGUGAUAAACAAAUUAUGGAACAUAAUCUCAAAGAGAAUAAACGUUUAGUGCGAAAGGUUGUUGAACACGUUAAAAUGAUGGAAAAUGAAAUGGACGAUAUUGAGUAUACAAAUAUUGAUGAUUAA